AUGUUGUACGUCUCCAAGAUGGUUCCUACCUCUGAUAAGGGUCGUUUCUAUGCCUUCGGUCGUGUCUUCUCUGGUACUGUCCGUGCUGGUAUGAAGGUCCGUAUCCAAGGCCCCAACUAUGUUCCCGGUAGCAAGAACGAUCUUGCCGUCAAGUCUAUUCAACGUACCGUUCUCAUGAUGGGUCGUAACGUUGAAGCUAUUGAAGACUGUCCCGCCGGUAACAUCAUUGGUCUCGUUGGUGUCGAUCAAUUCUUGGUCAAGUCUGGUACCAUCACCACCUCCGAAGUUGCCCACAACAUGAAGGUCAUGAAGUUCUCUGUCUCUCCUGUCGUCCAAGUCGCUGUCGAAGUCAAGAACGCCAACGAUCUUCCCAAGCUCGUCGAAGGUCUCAAGCGUCUUGCCAAGUCCGACCCUUGUGUCUUGACCUACACUUCCGACUCUGGUGAACACAUCGUUGCUGGUGCUGGUGAACUCCAUCUUGAAAUCUGUUUGAAAGAUCUCGAAGAAGACCACGCUCAAGUCCCCCUCAAGGUUGGUAACCCCGUUGUCCAAUACCGUGAAACUGUCACUGCUGAAUCCAGCAUCGACUGUCUUUCCAAGUCUCCUAACAAGCAUAACCGUAUCUAUAUGCGUGCUCUUCCUUUGGCCGACGAACUCUCUGACGAAAUUGAAGCUGGUAAGAUCUCUGCCAAGGAUGAUUUCAAGUCUCGUGCUCGUGUCCUUGCCGACAAGUACGAAUGGGAUGUUACCGAAGCCCGUAAGAUCUGGUGUUUCGGUCCUGACGGCACCGGCCCCAACUUGUUGGUUGAUAUCACCAAGCAAGUCCAAUACCUCGGUGAAAUCAAGGAUUCUUGUGUCGCUGCCUUCCAAUGGGCCACCAAGGAAGGUCCUGUUGCCGAAGAAAACCUCCGUGGUUGUCGUUUCAACAUUUUGGAUGUCACUCUUCACGCUGAUGCUAUUCACCGUGGUGGUGGACAAAUCAUUCCUACUUGUCGUCGUGUAGUCUAUGCUUCCGUUCUUACCGCCUCUCCUGGUAUUCAAGAACCCGUCUACCUUGUUGAAAUCCAAUGUCCUGACUCUGCUAUCGGUGGUAUCUACUCUUGUCUCAACAAGCGUCGUGGUCAAGUCUUCUCUGAAGAACAAAAGCCUGGUACUCCUAUUGUCAACGUCAAGGCCUACUUGCCCAUUAACGAAUCUUUCGGUUUCAACGCUGAUCUUCGUUCCGCCACCUCUGGUCAAGCUUUCCCUCAAGCUGUCUUUGAUCACUGGCAACUCAUGUCCGGUAACCCCUUGGAAGCCGGUAACAAGGUCUACGACAUUGUCCGUGAUGUCCGUACCAGAAAGGGUCUUACCCCUGAUAUUCCUGGUCUUGACAAGUACUACGAUAAGCUUUAA